UCAACACAAUGCCUUAUCAGAGGCUCAUAAGGAAUUAGUAGCACUACCAUUGGAGUGUAGGACUUGAAACAAUGAAGUGGACUGAAUUGCUGACAACACAUACAGGAUUCAGAGCUGGGAUGAGUAUAUUAUGUUGGAUGGUAUUACUAAUUCAUGUGGCAGAGGGACAACAGACAGGUAUGAAUGAAAGAAAGAAGAUGCCUGAAGACCUUAUUUGUUACCAGAACUAUACAUCAUAUGAUAACUUUUGUUACUGUAGUUGGAGAGCUGGAGAGGAAUCACAAAAUCCUACUUACACAUUGCAUUAUUGCCUCCAUAGAGACGAAACGGAAUGUUCAUAUUUCAAUACAGGAAAUCUAACUUACAUCAGUUUGAGUAAUGAAGUUGUACACAUGAGGGAGAACAUUUCUAUAGAAGUUAUAGCAGAAGAAAAAGGUCAUAACUACACAUCUAAACAAAUUACACUUAUUUUAGAUAAAGCAGUAAAGUUGGACCCUCCUGACCACUGGAAAAUCACUAUUACUAGAAGGGGCAGUGAGAUAACAGUUUCCUGGAUAAGACCUGACAUAUUUUCAGCAACCUUAAAUACUAAAAAGGAAUUAAGAUAUAAGGAACAUCUUGUGUAUUUGGAUCCUUUACCCUGCAAAACAAGUAAUUCAGCCACUUGCUCUGAUGAUGACAUACCCACUUGCAGAGCAGAAAGUUGCACAUUUUCUCUUGAUGGUCAUCGGGGACACUAUGUUCAGAUCCGACAGACAUAUGAAGAAGGUGUAUGGAGUGAAUGGAGUGACCCAAUCUUUGUACCUGCAGAAAUUGGACCUGUUCAAAUAGAAAACAUAACUACUGGAAAGUUAAACUUUGCUGGAAUUAGGACUGUCUCCUUAUGUUGGAAACCUAGUCCUGAAGGAGGUAACAUGCAUUACCAAGUAAAUGUCACAUUUCUCCCUUGCUCUGGUGUAACCACAAGUCAUUCAAUAAAUCACUACUGUUUUCAUGCAAACAUAUCUGGAGCGGCUUAUAAUGUCACUAUUACAGCUUCCAAUGAAGCUCAAACUGCAUCUCCUUGGUCUACAGUCAUCAAAGAAGACUGGGCAGCAAUACCCUUUAAAAAUGUAACAUUAUCUGGAAAGAACCUAACAAUGAAAUGGAAAGGGAAGAAAGCUGAUAAAACAUCAUAUUGCAUUGUGUGGAAAACCAGUGACAUGAAAGUAGAGAAUUCUAGCAAAGUCCUAGAAAAUCUUAACAACAAUAAUGCAACCAUACAUACAGAUCAUUUUCUCCCAAUGAAGUGUUACAAAAUUUACAUUUACAAGAUGAGUAAAAACUUUAAUACUGUAGGCACAACAUACUACUUAAAGCCUGCAUUGAGCAUAGGACCAGGAAAUUUCACAGUGGAGAAUGUUACUGCCAACUCAAUUCUCCUGAAAUGGGAUGCGUUUGAUCUUGAUGAAUGUCAAAAGAUUUUACAGAACUGGAUUAUUAACAAAAAAGACCAUGAAACCAAUGACUCAAAAGAGAUAUAUGAAAACUCAUCUGUGACUCGGUACCUUGUGGAAAGAUCAUCUCCUGGGUAUAAUUACACCUUUGAGGUUAAGGGAAUUACUAUCUUUGGAGAGCAAACAGGAACCAGUGUUAAAUCUGUAUACAGUCCUUGGACAGCUGAGAAUACUAGUAAGAGUCUUCUUGGAAAAAUCGUGGGGAUUAUUGCUGCCUUACUGUUUCUUGCUUUUAUUCUCUUGCUUUCAUGGCGCCAAAUAAAACAAUACACAUGUCAAGACCUUCCGAAUCCCAGCAACAGUACUGCAGCAACAUUUCCUCCUAGUGAUAAUAAACAUAAUGUGAGCCGACCACAUCUUGUAGACACCAGCUCUGAAGAAAAUACUACAGAACCAUUGAUCAUAGAGACCAUUACGAAGAUUAAAGUUAUCGAGAGAGCUGUGGAGGAGACUGAGACGCUGGAUAUGGCUAGCACCAAGAGCAUAUUUGAAAAUGACCUUAUACCGACUGAAGUUGAUACAGAAGUGGAAGUAGAUCUACAGUUUGAAUACAGGAAGCAAGUAGCUCCCAUGACUCCUGUUAAUGAAAAGGACAUGGGUACUCAUUUCUUUGAGAAAAUGAAAGAGGACUUACCUUACCACUUAGAGUGCCCAAAAGAAAACAAUGCCUUACUAGACGUCAAUAGUGAAAACUUAUCUAUCAGUGAAUCUUAGAUAUAUUUUUUAUAAUGUAGUAUGUAACUGUUCCACUUAU